AUGUUGGGCUCACUCCCAUUUAAAGUGGAAGAGUGUGAGGAAGAGAUUAAAGUGUCGAUCCAACCAGAAGCCGAAGCCGAAUUCCUCUUGGCCAGCUGUCGAUUGGCUCUAUUGGAACAUUCUUGCUGGCAUUACCCUAGAGGGUUUCUUGAUCCACUGGCCUGCUCUGAUGAUAUCCGUGAUAAGUCACAUGCAAGGUUGGCACGUUCUUGUCGGAAUCGAGGAGGUUACCUCGGGGACAACGUCGACAAGAAUGUUCCAGUAAAGCCAACCGACAGAUGGUCAAGAGAAAUGCGCAGUCGUCUUCUAGUGGAAUCGACCUUCGAAUCUCAUCACACAUUUUCUCUCGAAAUGAAAGUGAAUUAA